AUGGCCGGAGAAUCCUGGCUGCACGCCCUGCUCCUGCUGUCAGGCAGCACGGGGGCACAGGGCCCCAGGGCGGGAUGGCUGCAGCAGCCGCUGGACCCCUUCAACGCGUCGGACGGCCGCAUCUUCCUGCAGCGGUACUGGGUCAACGACCAGCACUGGGCUGGGCAGGACCGGCCGGUCUUCCUGCACCUGGGGGGUGAGGGCAGCCUGGGCCCUGGCUCCGUGAUGACAGGACACCCUGCCGCUCUGGCCCCGGCCUGGGGCGCCCUGGUGAUCAGUCUGGAGCAUCGGUUCUAUGGCCUCAGUGUACCUGCCGGGGGCCUGGGCCUGACCCAGCUCCGCUACUUGUCCAGCCGCCACGCAGCUCUGCGGACUCCUGCUGGAGGGCGCGCGCAACGGCAGCUACCCCGCGUCCUACCGUGGGCUGCGACGGGCGGCGCAGGCGAGCUAGUAGCCCAGCUCUGCGGACUCCUGCUGGAGGGCGCGCGCAACGGCAGCUACCCCGCGUCCUACCGUGGGCUGCGACGGGCGGCGCAGAUCGUCAGGCACAGCCUGGGGCAGAGGUGUCUCAGCUUCUCCCGGGCGCAGACUAUGAGGCAGCUGAGAGCCACGGUGCCUCCGGAGUCCGGCGUGGGCGACCGUCAGUGGCUGUACCAGACGUGUACGGAGUUUGGCUUCUAUGUCACCUGUGAGGACCCUGACUGUCCCUUUUCUGAGCUCCCAGCACUGUCCUCGCACCUGGAGCUAUGUGAGCAGGUGUUCGGGCUCUCAGCCUCAUCAGUAGCCCGAGCUGUGGUCCAGACAAACUCCCACUAUGGAGGCCAGGCCCCAGGUGCCACCCGGGUGCUGUUUGUCAAUGGAGACACUGACCCCUGGCAUGUGCUGAGCGUCACACAACCAUCGGAGACAGCCCUGCUCAUCCCGGGGGCCUCCCACUGCGCAGACAUGGCCCCUGAGAGGCCCUCAGACCCCGCCAGCCUCCGCCAGGGGCGCCUGAGUAUCUUGCAGCAGCUGCAGACCUGGCUUGGGCAGGCACAAGAAGAGAGGCACAUGGGGGUCCCAGCCUGAACCCCACACAGCACCCCUCCUUCACUGGGGGACAAAAGGAAGCUGUUUGUCUGAAGUAGGGAACCCCCGGGACCUGGGUUCAGCACCCACCCUGCACACAGCCCACUUGUGUGCAAGCCGAGUAAAGGUUAUAGAAAAACAGCACCAAUACUGGUGGUCAGUGAGUAGGGGAGCCGCUGUCUCCCUGCUGAAUGCCCAGGACAUGUGGCUUUACAGCACCCAGCCUUGCCAGCCACUUUCCCUGACUCCAGCCUCAGUUUCCAGUUCCUCCUCUGGGUGCUGCUGUAGGCCUCAAGCCCAGCCUGGCCCACUCAUAGCUGCCCCACAGCAUGUCUGUCCAGUCCCCAGUCUCUUCCUUUUUUGCUUUAGUUUUGGACGUCUGGUGUUGCUGGGUCUGUGGCUAUUCUUCUUUCCUGGCUGCUGUUUCCCUGUGCAUUGUCUUUCUAUCUGCCUGAGUGUGCCUCUUGUGCACAUCUAGUCUCUCCUCACCUCCUCUCCUCCCCUCAGCUCUCCUCUCCCACUUGCUCUGCCCAGGUCUCUGACUCUCAUGGUUGUCUCCAUGCUUCUCCUAGUGGCUCUUGCUCCCUCUUUCUCUCUGCCUGUUUCCUCCCCUCAUGCUCUCCCAGCCUCUCUGCUGUCUCCUCAUCCUUGUACGCAUUCUGUGCAGCUGUAGCACACACCACAGCUGGGUGAACCACACUGCACAGAUGUGAUACAGAGCCAGGGCAUCCAAGAGCAAGGGGCUGCAUCUGGGAGGGCUGUGCCGGCAGGGCUGGGGGAGGGCAGACCCACUCCUCAGCCACAGUUUGGAGGCUUGUUGAGGGCGUAGCCUUCAGAAGCAUCCCCUCAGGGUUCACCCUGGGCGCUGUUGUGACACAGGGCUCUGGGGACACAUAGCCGCCUCCUCAAGGUUCUGUCUCAGUUCUGUCUCCUGGGCUUCUUCCCACCCUUCCCACACCCACAUCACUUCCUGGAGCUGUGCUCUCCUCCAUCUGGAAGGGCCAGGCUUCUGCCACAGCCC